ACGGUUGUCAUGGCGACCAGCGUUGCCAUAACCAAACAUGGCCGCCCAGUCGUUCUGCGGGACUUUGUGCUGUAGCGUCGCCCUUACGUGAGAUGGCGCCCGAGCAGAACGUCGAGGGGAAGCAUGGCGGACAAGAGACGUGCUGUGGUGAGCUCCCCGGUACCGAGGUCUCAGCCCCGACCCACCAGCGAGGCGGAUUUUCUGGCUCAGACCGGAGUACGUGACAUGCUACGAGAGGCCGUGCUUAAACUCCUGGAGGCCAGGCCCGAGGAGCCGGUGGUCUUCUUGGCCGACUACUUCGAGAAAUUGGGCGUAGGAGCAGCCGGGGGAUCCAAGCCUAGUGAUCGGGGGUCGCACGUCCUAGUGCAGCAGCGUUUAGGGCAUGUGCUGUGGUACCUGAAGCUGGCUCAUCAUUCUCAGAGAACUGCUUUCAACAAUAAUCUGACCAUCGCAUAUGACUUCCUCAGUGCUGGUGGGAGAAAGAAAAAGCCUGGCUUGAAUGGAAAAAUGUACAGUGAGGUCCUGGCCAGGAUUUGUCAAGAAGGUGACCUACCUACUGAGGUUUCCGCUGCCCUUCUGAAGAAAAUCCAGUGCCGAGAUCAUGAAGCGGUUCCUUUUGAUGUAUUUCGCUAUGGGGUUCUCACCUGCUUUGUGUUGGUGGAGUUCAAGUCUAAAGCAGACACUCUGUUCAGUAUUCUAGAUAGUAGCAACCAGCCAGACCAAAAAGUGUGCCAGGCUGUGCUAGACACUUUAGACCAAGCACUUACUGCUAGUGACUUAUCUGUCCCCGCUAGCUACCUGGAGGCUGGCUCAAAACUAGGACCAGACUGUUUGGCCAUCGCUAUGGAUCGAGCUCUCCAGAACAGAAAACCUGGCUUUCCUAUGGGACGUAGUGAAUUUUUGAAAGAUGCAUGCAUUCUGUUCCUUGAUAAAGUCAAACCAGUUCAAUGAA